AUGUCGAUGCGUACGCUCCUGUCGAAGGGGCUGUCAAAGGUCAUACCAACGACAAGACCAUCCAGGGACUCAUAUGAUUCCGACGAGGAAUCCAGCUUUUCCGACAGGCUUGAAGAUCUCUACAAGCAGUCCGUGUCCUUUCAUGGUUCGCACCAGCAGUUCUUCAUUCGAGUCUCACUUGCACUGUCUGUGGCUUUCUGGGUCACGAUCUUCAGCUUGCCACUCUACUUUGGAAGACUUCACUACAAAGUCUUCGGUUUUAGAGGGGAGCUCCACGAGACCUAUUCCGCAUAUGGCCGGGACCCGGUCUGUGAGUCUGGCAUGGUUGGGAAGAUGAGGAACGUAGGGACCUUCACCGAACCCAAGGUGGUGCCCUGGACUUCAGACAUGACACCUUGGCAAGACAACCUGCGGCACAGAGACAUCUGGUGUGGUUAUCUGCCAGCCCUCUGGGAGGACUACUGGCCGAACAUCGCACAGUUCAUCGUCUUCACCGUCUACACGAGUACUGGAGACACGGUGCGACUGGCCUGGCAGGGCCUCAUCGGCACAGCCUGCGCCUGCCUGAACCUGCAGUUCAUGUGCUGGCUCUAUCCUGGCGGAGCUUAUGGAGCCAUCUGCUCAGACGAGGCUGAGUGUGUGGAGACCAAGUACAGUGUUGUGGUGUGUUGGAUCGAUGUGCUUGGUGUGCUCUUCCUUUUCCUCGUCUCGCGGGCCAAUGAGAACACCAUCAAGUUCGGGAUGUCGUGGCACGUUUGCUUUAUGAUGGACUUCAUGAACCCAACCAAGGAGCUGCCCGGCGGAAUGUUGGAAAGCUUAAGCAACAUAAACAUUUGGUCAAACGACCUGGUGCCCGACAUCUUGCUCACCUCCUUCGUUGGCGCCGCCAUCUCCAUCCUGGCAACACUCAUUCCCAGGGUUUGCUUCUGCAUGAAACCUCUUGCGAACCGGGUGUGGGCAUCCCAGAAUUCUCUGGCCUGCGCGGAGCAAGUUGGUACCGUGUGGCAGGAAAGCAUAGAAUACCUAUGCGGGACCAAGCCUUACGCCAAAAAGUACCAGCUGCAGAGGAAAAUCGAUUCCGUCCGAGAGAAGCUCACAAGCACCAAAAGCCAGGUUGAGCAAGCAUGGUGGGAGACCUUUCAGUUCGGAUCUCCAGAACAACGGCGAUUGAAGCACCACAUCUUCCUGACAGGUGUGGAAGGCGUGCAACGCACAAUGUACGCGCUGGCGAAUUGCAUCUUGUGCGAAGACUUCAGCGGGCAGCACAACGAUUUCAUCCAGCCACUUCGCCACUGCAUUAAAACGCUGCACUACGAGGCCGCGCACCUCACGAUUACUUGUUCAAAGGCUGCGGCAGAUGGUGUUAUUACUAAGGAGGAGGCAGACGAGAUAAAGGCCCUCGAGAGGCAGGUAACGGACAGCCAGCAGGAACUCCUGCACGACUUUCGACAGGCCGUGCCUUCUGGCAUUUCGGCAAAUCUCGCAGAGGAGAUCACCUUUAUUUUUGCGCUCUCCUUCUGGGCUUCGACUACGGAAAAGCUGGCCGGUGAAUUGGUGGAACACAAGCCAGGAAAGACCUGGGGGCAAGUCAUCAGUCAGGGGGUCCAUGACACUUGGGGUCCUCAGAGGAUUCUUGAGAUCGAUCACCUCAAAUUUGUCGUGCGCAACUGGAUUCCCAUCUCCGUUUGCUACAUCCUGGCCUAUGCGCUUCCUUCCAACUCGGUCUUCGUUCAGUACUCUGCGACCAUGCCCAACACGCUGGCGCUGCUGAUCACCCGGUUUUCCGGGUCUGCCUUCCAAAAAAACAUCCACCGGACCCUUGGCGUCCUCCUGGGCAAAUUCUGGCCGAUCCUUCUGAAGGCUUCCUGGAUGGCCUGGCCUUGUCAGUCCAAUGAGCGUGGUGUUCUCCAGCUGAUAAGCCUGUUCGGAUUCAUCGCCUUGUCGAGCUACGUCUACUACAGCUCCAAACAGUUCAGCACCAUCGCAUGCUUGGUAGCUGGCUACGGCGUCUACCCGCUCAUGAUUCCUUGUGAAACGGAUGUUUCGGAGGACAGCUACUAUGCUGCUCGGUACAAGGAGAUCGGGCAGGUGACUGUAGCAAUCAUGCUCCAGUUCUGCAUUGAGUCGGCCUUGCACGCAACUUCCCCCGCAGAGCUGGCGAUAAAGAAGAUGGAGCAGGCGGUAGCAUCGCUCCGACAGGGCUUCCGCGGCUUCUUCGAAGGCGAUCUGGAGUCGAUGGCUGAGGGCCUCAAGGCAGACGGAUAUCUGGUUGAGGCACGAUCCCUGGCAACUGAGGCCGACCCUAACAUGCAGCUGGCCCCGGGCUGGCAGGCACCAUUCAAACUGAGGUUGUACAACAUGAGCCUGGAUGUGCUGGAGGAGAUCAAGUCCGACUUCGUCAUGCUUUGGACUGCCUGCCUCGACCACGACUCACCAGAGGGCGAGCCGUCCUCGGAGAUUCUCCCGCCGCUGUCCGAGAACCCUGCGAUGAAGGACCUCCACCAGCGGCUCACAGGUCACACCCAGAAGAUCAUGGACUGCCUCUUCAAAACCUUGAGGCACACGCACGAGACCCCUUUGGAUUCCGAGAUCCUCGACACGGUGGUGGACGUCUCCUACAGCGCCGACGUCUUCUCCGAGGAGGAUCGGGACCGGCUCUACCGGUCCCUGACCACCAACCUGCCGGUAAUGACCAAGAACAAGCCCGUGAGCGUGGUGAACGAUCCACAAGCACGGGCGACUGUGGCAAUCCGAGCACUGGAGAAUGCCAUCCAUCAUCUCGAGGAUGUGUCCUCCUUGAUUAUCGGCGAGGACAUCUUCGACUGA